UGAAGACGAAGAGAAGAAGACGAAAACUAAUCGCGUGCUCCUCAAUCUGAAAGUCCAAUUAAAAAUCUAAACCGUACGUUAUCACAAUGCUUCCUUUGUCUCUGCUGAAGACUGCCCAGAACCAUCCAAUGCUGGUGGAGCUGAAAAAUGGCGAGACGUACAACGGCCAUCUGGUCAGCUGUGACAACUGGAUGAACAUCAACUUGAGAGAAGUCAUUUGCACCUCUCGGGAUGGUGACAAGUUCUGGCGGAUGCCCGAGUGCUACAUCCGAGGGAGCACCAUUAAGUAUUUGCGAAUCCCGGACGAGAUCAUCGACAUGGUGAAGGAAGAGGUGGUAUCGAAGGGUCGCGGGCGGGGAGGCGCCCAGCAUAACAAACAGCAGGCCAAAGGACGAGGAGGAGCGGGCCGAGGUGUGUUUGGCGGUCGAGGCAGAGGAAUGAGCGGUCCCGGACGAGGUCAGCAGCAGCCGGAUAAGAAAGCAGGCAAACCACAGGGGAUGAAGAACCAGCACUGACAUGUUGUAUCAUCACCCACACACACAAGAGCCACUUCCUCAGCACUCAGACAUUCAAGCAACACUCAAAUAGUCAAGAUAAAACAUGAUUCCCUGGAUAAUUUUUUUUUCUUCUACUGUUAGGAAGAUGGUAUUUACAUUUUAUAAAAUUAUAAACUUAUCUUAGUGGAUCAUGCUGACCUGGCAAAAUGUUCAUUAAGAUGUAGUGGCAACAUGUUUAGUUUCUUUAUAUACAUAACGUUUUCUGUCAUGUGGUGCACUGCAAUACGGUUUUGGGUUUCUGUUGGUUGUUUAUUUUCAGCUUGUCUCUUUGAGUAGAGUUUUACAACAGAGUUGCAACUUGAGUUGCAUGAAUAUCCUUUUUUUCCCCCCAUGACUUGGCUUUUAGUUUCUCUUUAUUACUCUGUUAUAUUGUGACAUUCUCUGGUUUGCCAGCCCUUUAAUUGAUCUGCUGUGUUAUGUUAUAUUUAUGUACAUGAGAACAUGGAAAUAAAAGUUUUUUUUUUU